AUGGCGAUUGUUGCAGAAGACGACGGCUUCGUCGUGGAGAGAGCGAGCUUCAGUAUAGCUCCACGAAAUUCUAGUCAUCUCCACCCUCCACCAACGUCCAAGCAUACCGACCCAUUAUCGACUUUCGAGUUUGUGGCAGUGUGGUUGCUAGUAUUGGCACUUCAUGGGUUGUGUGCAUCUUAUUUACUUGCAAUGGCGAUGCUCUACUUUUUCAUGGAAAACCCGUUAAUGGCCUACUACGCAAAUCUACUAGCGUUACCGGAACAUCGCUACUUCUGCUUAUUCGGUACACUUGUAGGCAUAUUGGGGGCUCUGCAUGGACUGCAAUUGGUGCUCCAUUUGCUUUGGUCGAUCAAGUCUCGGGCUCCCGCUGUAUUUCCACGCGCUACUUUGAUCCAUCGACUAGUUAAGAAAAUUGUUCAGAGAAGUAAGAGAGCUCAACCAGUCGCGCCUCGGACUACUUGGUCACGAAAUUCUAUCACUGCGAUUGGUUCUGUCACAGCUUCAGGUCUGCAGAAUGUGUUGAGCGUGGAGGGAACCCACUUCGCAGUAGUCUUCGUGGUGCGUAAAGCUGUGGAGGCCGGUGCUCAAGUUGUUCAGUGUUAUCGUUAUAGUACACUAAUCGGUCGAGUAUGGAUCAACCAAGCGUAUGCGGGCAUGGUAGUGACGAAUUGUUGGGUCACACCUCUGCUAGACUAUCUCAUGCUUGCUUCGGAGUCACAAGCAGCGUCGACGCGUAAGAUGGACAAAGCGAAGAUCGCAAUUCGAGAGCGCGUGGCGUGUGUGUCUAUAGACGCAUUGCUAACGACAUUCGCUUGUCUUAUUCUACCGCUCACUAUCUUCGUCCCUUAUGCUCAAGUGUUCGAUGCUUCCUGGUACGGCUUUCCCAGUGACAUUCUCUACGGCGACGUGUCGUUCCCCAAUCUCAUUCGAGAGAACCAAGCACUAUUUGCACUCACUUUUAUUGACGGCGUCACAAAACUCGUGCCACAUCUCAGCAUUUUGUUUGGAAUGGCAAGUAUCAGUCUCGUUCUCGAGCUUUAUCCUCCUCAACGAUUCACAAGCACUCGCAAAGCAAAAGCUUCCGUUGUAGUGGUCCGCAGUAAGUCGCGGAAAAUGAGUAAAGCCUUGAAGCAGAGUUCCCAAGCUCACGUAGUCGGUCUUUAUUUCUUAAGACGCUUCGUCGCUCCUCUUAGUUUCAUGACUGCAGGAGCUGUAGUACUUGGACUACAUCUCCACGCUGCACACUUGGCGAGUAGUGCGGAUGCGAAUACUAUGGAGUUGUGUCUGCAAGGGCUUCGACCGUGGUUUGCAGUAAACGUCAGCUGCUCCGUUCUAAAAUUCAACUGCUACAAGCAAGGAGUCCUCACACCCAGCGACCAACUCGACCAUCUGCAAAGUGACGCUGUGAUGGCGGUCAUCUUUGAGCAUUGUUCAGCAUUUGAGAUGCCUCUUUCUAUUCGUAACUUCCGAAAUCUACUCGGACUGGAACUCUGGAAUGUGUCCAUAGUCAAUUGGGGUGAGAAAGCAGCUUUGAACGCAGAUCUUCAUCCAGAAAUGAUUUUUCUUAUCAUGGUUUACACGAAUAUGACGGAAAUCCCUCGAGGCUUGUUAACGACUCCGUUGCCCCCACUGCUCGGAGAUAUCGAGAUUUCAGUUACCAAUCUAACAAUUAUUCCAGAUAACCUGGCAGACGCGUGGUCUAACGUUAGACUUGUAUAUCUGGAACACGCACCGCUAAAGGAAUUCCCGACUGCAUUCUUCAAGAUUCCGUCUCUCUCGGUGUCUUUGAUUGAUGAUGGGCUGGAAUCAAUACCCGACGAUCUCUUCACGACCAUGUCUCGGCUUGAUGAAUACUUGGAGAUCGCUUUUUCAUACAACCCGAUCAAAAACCUUCCCAGUUCGAUUAGAGACGGUCUUCUUAUUAACUAUUUGUCGGUCGAUCAUACCGAACUGAUAGAGUUGCCAACGUGGGUGGGUGGUAUCGGACAGUGGAUGAGUUUGGGAGGAGCUCCAGUAUGCAACAUCACAGAGGCGGUGAUUCCGGACAUCGCAGAUUGCACCGAUUGGGGAUGGAAUCCUAUGGCUGAUGGUAGAUAUCCGCUAGCAUUGGUAGCCCCGCUUCGAAAGAUCGUAUAA